CCUUUCUCUCUUUCUCACUACAAACACACCCACACGGCUCUGCUGGGGAAUUCAUGGCCUCAGGCUAAACCAACACGACUCAGCUCCCUCACAGCGGACUAACAGCGUGGAGCUACGAGGAAGCACUUCAUGACAGUUUAAAGGCAGGGUUUUUUGUUUUCAUCUCCUGAUGGACAGCACUGUGAGAUGGUUAACUGGUAUUAAAUCUUGCUGCUCCAACACUUGACAGGAUUGUUUUAGCACUCUUUAGUUCUUCCUCUGUUUGCUGAGUCAACAUGCCCUCAGGUUUUCUGAUUGACCAGGCAGAAUCUCAAGGAUGACGUGGAUGUGACGCCAACCCAGCUGUGAGAAUGUAUGAGGUGAUGUCCGGUGACACCCUGGCCUGGAAGGUGCCCAGUCCGAGACAAAGUGGAACCGACUCCGGCCCUGAGGCGCACUUCACUGGGGAAGGAGGGCCCGUCAAAAUCCUCAAAGUGUGCUUCUGCACCAACAAUAACCUGGGCAAGAACUUCAAGCUGGUCAAAUGUGACAGCUCCUGGCAGAUUAGGGCAAUCAUUCGUUCGAUUCUGGUCAGCGGUCGACUGGGGCCAAACAUCGAGCAUGCAGGAUGCUACGGCCUCCUGCUGAAGCAUCUGAAGUCAGAAGAACUUCACUGGCUCCAUCCAGAUCUGACGGUCGGGGAGGUGGAACAACGCUAUGAGAGCCAUCAUGUGGAAGCCGAGUGGAGGUACGAUCUUCGGAUCAGAUACGUUCCUGUCAAUUUCCUAGAAAAAUUCAAAGAUGACAGAUCAACAUUCCUGUAUUUCUACCAACAGGUGCGUAGUGAUUACAUGCAGUAUCAUGCCAGUAAGGUCAGUGAUGGGAUGGCGCUGCAGCUCGGUUGUUUGGAGAUCAGGAGGUUCUAUAAAGACAUGAAUGCAAAAGGUCUAGAAAAGAAGUCUAACUUUGAGCUGCUAGAAAAAGAAGUUGGCCUGGAUCUUUUCUUUCCUCAGCAGCUGAUUAGCAGCAUGAAGUCUAGGCAGCUCCGGAAGUUGAUCCAGCAAACAUUUCAACAGUUCGCCACGCUCAAGGAGGACGACUGCAUGGUUAAGUUCUUUGAGACGCUCAAGGAGUUCGUCAGCUAUGAUGAAGAGGUCUUCCCCUGUGAACUUGUGCAAAGCUGGAGUCUGUCUGUGGAGCUGGUCAUCGGUGGGAGAGGAAUUCGCCAACGAACACCGGAGAGUUCAACAGCUGUGUUUUUAGCCAGCUUCAAACAGAUCAAGCGGAUAGAGUGCUUAUCACAGAGCGACGGCAAGGCUCUGCUAAACCUCGACAUAGAGGGAGUCAGACGACGUCUGUCGAUUAACGUGGCCACGGUUCCCAUGGCAGAGAACAUGAUGGACCUUAUUGAUGGUUACUGCCGUUUGGUAAAUGACACAGAUGAUACCAUUAUCUACCGACCAAACAAAGGUAAUACAAGAAGUUCCCUACCUGAGAUCCCUACAGGAGACACCAGCUCGAUCAGACACAGUAUGGGUUCAGAUAUCUACUGCGAGAUCCUCGAUGAAAGGCCAAAAGUUGUGAAGUAUGGGAUUGCCCGAGAUGAUAUUGUUCUCGGACGAAUCCUCGGUGAGGGUUUUUUUGGGGAAGUCUACGAUGGAGUGUAUAAAAAAUCUGAUGGUGAAAGGGUUAAUGUUGCAGUGAAGACCUGCAAAGACUGUUCACCUGAUGUGAUGGAAAAGUUCAUGAGUGAAGCAGUGAUAAUGAAGAACCUCGACCAUCCCCACAUCGUCAAACUGAUUGGAAUCAUAGAGGAUGAUCCCGUGUGGAUCGUCAUGGAGCUUUACCAGUAUGGAGAGCUCGGGAACUACCUGACUCAGAACCAAAACAAGCUGACCAAUAUGACUCUGGUGCUGUUCAGCCUGCAGAUCUGCAAAGCUCUGGUCUACCUCGAAGGGAUCAACAUGGUCCACAGAGACAUUGCAGUUCGGAAUGUGUUAGUCGCCAGUCCAGAGUGUGUGAAACUCGGAGACUUUGGUCUGUCGAGAUAUAUCGAGGAUGAAGAAUACUACAAAGCGUCUGUUACUCGGUUGCCAAUCAAGUGGAUGGCCCCAGAAUCCAUCAACUUCAGACGUUUCACCACAGCCAGUGACGUCUGGAUGUUUGCUGUGUGUGUGUGGGAGAUAAUGAGUCGUGGGCAGCAGCCGUUCUUCUGGCUGGAGAACAGAGACGUCAUCAACCAGCUGGAGCAGGGCAUCAGGCUGCCCAAAUCCGACAACUGCCCUCCCGCCCUCUACUCCCUCAUGACCCGCUGCUGGUCCUACGACCCCAGAGAGAGACCCACCUUCACCGAACUGGUGGUCAAGAUCAGUGACGUCCACAAGAUGGAGAAGGAGCAGGAGGUGGAGAGGGAGAGGGACAGAGCUCGAUCCACCAAGUUUUUUGAGCCCAAGUUUAACUUUAACGAGCCUCCUCCGAAGCCUUCAAGAAUGAAGCCGGGUCGCUUUGGAAACACACUCAGUAUUGGUCUACACAUACAGCUGAAUGAGGCUCUGUGUGCCAGCUCACCGGACCUGGCCAGCCCAUGUGACUAUCAGUCACCCAUUGACUCCAUGAACAGUCUUGCACUGCCGGCCAGGUCUCCACGACGUCGCAGCAUGGGGGAGGGUGGGUUCGCCCGAAUGGAGGCUAACAGCAGGGAGGACGCCCAGCGGCUGUGGCACACGGAGAGGAGGCACAUGCAGGACACUCUCCGGCAGCAGAAAGAACAGAUGGUGGCGGAUGAAAAGUGGCUGGAGAAGAAGGAGAGACUCCUGGUGGGAAACAGAGCAUCCUUAACUUUAGUCAACCCCCUCUGUGUGUCUCUGUGUGCCCCUGCAUCCAAAUUCAAUGUGGCCCUGGAGGCCACACUGAACAAGGCACCGUUAAACAAUAUCAACCCACUAGUUCACCCUCGACGUCCCACUAGUCUUAAAUUGAAUGUUCCCCUGGUUACAGUUCCAAAGAGAGGAUCCAUGUCAUUAAUCUAUAAAAUGAACCUGCCUGUUCUUUUGCAGGACCCCAUGGGACCAGAGGACGCCGCCACUCCAGCGUCCCCUGAAGCUGACAGUGAGAACGCUCCACCAGAGAAGCCCCCUCGGCUCACAGCGCAGCCUGCACCCACCGCUGAGCUGGACCGCUCCGAUGACAAAGUGUAUCACUCCGUCAUGGCUCUGGUCAAAGUUGUUGUCCAGCUCAAGAACGACAUCCCUGAGCUGCAGCCGGAGCAAUACAUCACCAUCGUCAAGUCUGUUGGGAUGGCCUUACGGGAUCUGAUUCGCAGUGUCGAUGACAUCCUGCCCUCCCUGCAUGAGUCUAUCAGGACUGAGAUCGAAGGCACACAGAAGCUGCUCAACAACGACAUGGCGGAGCUGAUCAGUAAAAUGCGUCUGGCCCAGCAGAACGCCAUCACCUCUUUGAAGGACGAGUGCAGGAAACAGAUGCUGGCCGCUGCACACACUCUGGCCGUGGACAGCAAGAACAUGUUGGACGCUGUGGACCAGGCGAGAGUCAGGGCCAAUUUAGCAAAGCCAGUCGCCCCCUAGUGGACUGCAGACCCUAGUUUUCAGUUUUAUGUCAAGUUCAAGUCAGACCUUUUCACAUCAGACGGUCUGAAAUAACUCUGCACAUAGUCAGACUUUAUUGUUGUGGUCAAAUCAGUGAAAGUUAAGCCUGCGGCAGACACUGGUUCUUUGGACAUCAUGUAAGUGAAUGUUUAGCUUGAAUGUGGUUCUACAUCUCAGUGGAUAUGGACAACUUGUGAAAAAAACAACAAAAAAAAAAACAAAGUGUUUGCUUAUUAAGACAGUGUGUAUACUGAAAGUUAGGAUCAUCCUUCAUAUUCAGGAUGCAAUCAGUUCUGAUAAACUUUAAAUAUAAACUGUUCUCAUUUGUGAUUUAAUUAUCUGCUUAGGAAAUGAAUUAUCUUUGUAAAUAUGAAAUGUGUAGUAUGACAAAUACAUGUGUUUUACAGCUGAGAAAUAGCAACGCAAUGCAAAAUGAAACAGAGGAGUUUACUUUGCAUCCCUAUCAGUAGUGAAAUGUACAGACAACCAAAUAAAAAAGGUUAGUCGGCCACUAAACUGUUCAAAAGAUUUAUAAAAAGCAAUAUGGAUUUAAGUAUUCAAGUCAUUAAACUGGCAUUAAAAUUACAAAUGAAGACCACAAUUGUAUGACUAAUAAAUUGCCAGAUAAGUUUAAGGUUCUCCACAAAGGUUUUUGUAUUCUGCCCAUUGUCUUUAUUAUAAAAUAUAAAACUGUAAUACAUAAUGCAAGGGAUGCAAAAUGUGUGUAUGCCUCUUCAUUAAAGCCGAUCUCUUGUGGAAUAUGUACAUUUGAUGAUGUUAGCAUCCCUUUCUCAGUUUAUGUGCGAUCAAAACUACUGCUGCUGUAAAGUAUCUCCUGCAGACUGAGCACUAAAAUAAUAAAAGGUCAGCAAAUGUG